CUUCGGAAGAGAGAGGAUAGGACAAGGAAGAGAGAGACCUGAAGAGAUAUCUCAGAAGGAGCAGCUUGAACUUCCCAUAUUCCCAACGAGCUCAGCGCCAUGGAUACUAAAGGCUCAUUCUCCUGUGGCUUCCUCUUGCUGCUUCUCAUCCAGUUCCAGUCCAGCAGAGCCAACCCCAUCUACAGCCUUAGCCCUGCCAAAGAGCUGGCCAGCAUGGAGGCUCUUCUGGAGAAACUGGAGGAUAAAUUUGCACUGAUUGAAGCCCUGGAGUCCAAUCCUGACCUGCAAGAGCCCAAAACCCAAGAGGAGAUCCCAUCAGAACUUGUAGAUGACAGUGAUGAUCAAAAGGAUGAAUCCAGACUAGCACCUGGCACCCCUCUGUCCUACAGAGACCCCUUCCUCAAGAGACUGAGGGGGUUGCAGAUGCCCAGGAUGAUGAGAGAUUCUGGCUGCUUUGGGAGGAGAAUUGACAGAAUUGGCUCCCUGAGCGGAAUGGGUUGCAAUGGUUCCAGGAAGAAUUAGGAAGACCCCCUUACCCUGUGCUAUGAAGAAUGCUUUACAGUACCCGUUCCUCCCAAGAUGAAAGCCAGAAGCUUUCUAAACUCUUCAACUGAAAGUUAUUCCAAUUUUUAUUUAUUUAUUUAUUUAUUUAUUUGAUGUUUUUUAAAGAACAUUUCUUACUCUAGCACCAAGUGACCAUCUUUAAAUAAAACUAGCACAUUAGAUGUCUAUGCUGGACUUCUCUCAUGUCUGUUACAUUAAACCUUCAUGUAUUUUCCUAAAGUCAAAAGCCUAUGUUUUUUUGGUAUGCUGGCACCCAGAAGGCUGGAUCUCACUUAUGAAAGACUAAGAAAGUAUGAACUAGGGAGAAAUAAGAAUGAGUUUUUCACUAGCAUUUUCUGUUCUACUCUAGGAAAUUGUAACGGAUUAGCAGGAAAAAAAAUUGCUCAACCUUGGAAGACCAGUAUGAGCCGUACUAUAGACAGGGUUGCAGUAACAAGAGAGUCCUUUUGCUGGAAUAGAUUAUUCAGUCAAGAGAACUGCCACCUCACUACAGUAAAUCCCUCAUAUGUAGGCAAAAUUUACAAGAAAAAAAAAAGAUCACAAAACUACAAAAGUUACAAGAUAACCAGAGGGAGGAAAGGGAAUUCAUUGUAUAUGCUUUCUAGCACUGACCAAAUAAAGGCUAUGAGCAUCAACAGAAAGAUA